GGAAAAAAAAUUUCACCACUUCCACAGUAAACAAAAGGUCAAAAAACAAAUUCCGUUGAUGCAUUUCACAUAUUCACUGAUUCAAAUUCUGAAGCUGCGAAAGAAAGAAUGAACUCGAAGUCGAAGAAACCCGCAUCCACAUCGAUUAGGGUUUUCGGACAGCGAUCCAUAGAUUCAACUUUCCAUUCUCUCCCAUCCAAUCCAACCAGCUUUAAUGAUUCUGAAAGAAAUGCGAGGAAUGAAUUAGGUUCACGAAAGAGCCAGAACGCGCAUGUUUCUCUCUCCAACUUCCUAGACCGGAAGCUGCCAAAAUCUUCUUCCAUUCUUUCCCAAACAGUUCAGGGCAAGUCAACACCUUUUCUGUCACCUCUGGGUCUAAGAAUACCCACGGUGGAGCAGACGAUUCCUGUAGUUGAAGAAAAGAGGUGUGGUAAUGCCAAUGACCAAAGGGUUUUUGAAAGGUUCAAGCAAACUGAAGAAAAGGAAGACUUUGUGGGUUUUCUUUGUGCUGAUGAAUUAGAAAAUUCAGUUUCAGUGGCAGAUGAAAGUCAGGAGUCAAGGAAAAGGAAAAAUCCAUUUGAAGGUGGAAUUCAGAGCCAAACUGUUCGAAAUAAUGUAGUGGUUCUUGGAGGUGAAUCAAAGUUCAAGCAGAAGGGACAGAAAGCACAAAUUGAAAUUAAUUCUAGCAACAAAAAGCCAAAACCUCUCUAUAAUCACUAUGCAAAUGGUCGCGGCUGGUGGGACUAUGACAUGGAAGGUGUUGACAAUGAGGAAUUAGGUUUCAGUGAAGUAUGGGAAGGAGUUGGAUCCACCACACUUGGAGGUAUAGUAGAUUGGCAUUAAUUUUAUGUAUGUGUAUGUAAGUUUAUGUCCACUAUCCCUAGCUUAACUUUACAUUUGACAUUAUCUGUAGAGUGAAAAAAAAAAUACCUUUGACAUCAAUGCAUUGAUU